AGCAUCUCUUAACAUCACAGCAAACCCCGAAGAAGGAAGGGGAGAAAAAAUGUCAAGACUCUUUUUUUGAAUCUCAACUGUGCUAUUUAUAUAAUUGCAUUGUUAUAUAAGAGAAUGAGCAUGUAUGUCAUACAUAUACCCUGGGCAUUGCAGUAGAUGAGGCUUAUUCACUCACACUCUCUCUCACACACACACACAUGAGGGUAUCCUUGCACGCUUGCACUCACUUGCUCACACCCUGCUUGCAUUGCUCAGCGAUGCCAUUUCUUUGUAGUGGGGAUGCAAUCCUGGAGAGACUAUUUUUGCAAGCCUUGUAGUGCUUCUGUCACCUCUCCUCAGGAGGACAUGGAAUACAGGAUGGGAAGCUGCAUCGGAGUCGCACGCAGCCAGGCCGCAGUACACACUGACAAGGUGAGCCCACUGAAGGAAAAGUCUGCCGCUGCAGAGAACGGAUCUGUCCACACUGAUUCAGUCACUGCGGAGCCACAGGUGUCUGCUGACGAGGAAGAAAAGCCACAGAGACAGGAAGAGGAGGAUAAAGAGGAGCUAGAGUUUCCUCAUGAUCUGCUGCCCAGCAUAGACCUCGACCUCAGCACUGAGCUCAAUCUCACCUGGGGAACCUCACUUGGACCAUUUGAAACCCUUGGUUCGCCUCAGGCUGAACUAGAAUUCCGAACCCCAACUGAGGAAUAUUUCCCCCCUGCUACUGAUGAGAGUUUCCCCCCUGCUCCUGAGAAGAGUUUCCACCCUGCUAUUGAGGAGAGUUUGCCCCCUGCUACAGCGGAGAGUUUGCCCCCUGCUACAGCGGAGAGUUUCCCCCCUGUGUCUGAGGAGAGUUUCCCCCCUGUGUCUGAGGAGAGUUUCCCCCCUGUGCCUGAGGAGAGUUUGCCCCCUGCUACAGCGGAGAGUUUCCCCCCUGUGUCUGAGGAGAGUUUCCCCCCUGUGCCUGAGGAGAGUUUGCCCCCUGCUACAGCGGAGAGUUUCCCCCCUGUGUCUGAGGAGAGUUUCUCCCCUGUGCCUGAGGAGAGUUUCCCCCCUGCUCCUGAAGAGAAUUUCCCCCCUGCGCCUGAGGAGAGUUUCCCCCCUGCGCCUGAGGAGAGUUUCCCCCCUGCGCCUGAGGAAAGUUUCCCCCCUGCGCCUGAGGAGAGUUUCCCCCCUGUGCCUGAGGAGAGUUUCCCCCCUGCACCUGAGGAGAGUUUCCCCCCUGCACCUGAGGAGAGUUUCCCCCCUGUUACUGAGCAGCCAGAAGAACAAGAAGACUGCAGGUCCCCUCUGAUAAAAGCUGCUGAGAGGAGUGAGCCUGUCCCCUCUCCCUCAUCACCCCCACCACAGCACAGCACUGCUCCUGCCCUCCUUGCCCACCUGCUGCAGGACACAGUCGAGUUCCCCACACCACCCCCUACCCCUCCAGACAGGGCUCCCUCUGAGCCUCAGACCCUUCCUCCUGCUGCUGCUCCUUCUGAUCUACCCGAGACUCCCCCUGCUGUCAUUCUGCCUCCUCAAAUCCAACAGCUUCAGCACUCUGAACCUUCAGCAAGGAGCUCAGACUCAGACGGAGCUUUCGAAACCCCUGAGUCCACCACCCCUGUGAAGUCUGCUUCCCCACCAGUGCCCCCAACAGAGCCCCCCUGUACCAGCUCAGAGGCAUUGUCCCCAGAACACACAGCUUCCACUGCUGACAUAUCUGCCAGUGAAGCUCAAGUCCCAGCAGUACUUCAACCUCCCAGCCGCUCUCCAUCUACAGUCUUUGAUGAGGACAAACCAAUAGCUGCUAGCGGCACCUACAACCUAGAUCACUUAAUCACUGAUGACCCCUUCCCAGAAUCAAAUUUUGGGUCUGGACCAUCAAGCCGAGCGCCUCUCACCCGCUCUCUAAGCCUACAGUCUGGUGAGUUAGAGAGCCCGGGAGACAAAUCUUCAGGAGGAACCUCCGACAAACCCAUUCACCCACGAACAGAGUCCUUCAGCAUAGGAACAGAGAGUGCUCCGGGAACCCUUCAUAGAGUGAAGAAGCCCCGUCCAGGUUCACUAAAGAAGAAGCCUCUUUCCAGGCAGAACUCAAACCCAGAGCGUUCCUCUCCCAAAACUGUGUCCUCUAGCAGCACACCGGAAGAGAAUAAGAGAGGGAAACCCCAUCCCGAAAGCCCCUUGCAAACCCAAGAGAGGCCUAGUUCCUCUCCCAGCCCUAGUCCUAGUCCUGCUGGUACCCUACGGAGAAACAGAAUAAAGUCUCGAGUUGAGAGUCCUCCACCUUUGGCUGAGGAGAUCACUAUUGCCUCAAUAUCAACUCAACUCCAGCAAGAGCUUCCUGAUCCAGUACCCGAGGCUCCCACUGUCCCAGACGAGGAAUCUCCUAUUCCUCCCAGCGCCUCCUACAAAUGGGAUCCGGACAACUUUGAGAACAUUGACCCAUUCCGUACAGGAGGCAGUAAAGUGGCAAACUCGCCGGUCUUAGGCCGGAAAGCAGACUUUACAUUGGUUUCAGGCACCCCUGUUGCUGUAGAGGAGCCCCGUGCCCCUUCCCCUGCUAAAGAGCAACCCCUCAACAUUGAGGAACAACCAGUCGGCAAGCGUCAACCAGUCAGACUGGAGUUUGACUAUUCAGAGGACAGCGGAGAGGCGCCGCGCAGUACUCCUCCUCCCAAAAUCCUGGGCAAGAAACCAGGAGCCAAGAUGCCCAUUCGAAAGCCAAAACUGGGGAUUAAGAAGGCCCCUCCUCCCCAGACAGAACAGAUAGACAAUGCACCUGUCCCAGCACUUUCAAAUGACAAUGAUGAUAUCCCGAUCCCCAAGGCGUCAUAUAACUUUGACCCCAGCAAGUGGGAUGACCCUAACUUUAAUCCAUUUUCCUCAAGCAGUGGUAUCCCAAACUCUCCUCGACUGUCUAAAGGAUCCUACAGCUUUGAUCCUGACUCCUUUGAUGAUUCAAUCGAUCCCUUCAAAUCAUCUAACAAUAUGAACCCGCCUCAGAAAGCUGCCACUUUUGACCAGUCCAACAAUGACAACGAGAAUGACAAUGAUAACAUUGUUGAGUUAGAGGAUCACAACCAGAACAAACCUGCCAAAAACAAGAAGAAGCCUCUUAAAUCGAAGUCCAGCAAUGUCUCUUCUCUGUGUUGUUUCUUUAACACUUUUAGAGUAAAGAAGUCUCCAAAGAGGACUCAGAUUACUGAGCCAUCUGCACAAUGUUGUCCUGUGUGUUCUCCACUCUCGCCCUCCACUUCACACACACAUCAUCACUUGCAGGAGCACUCGCCCGAUGCCAAUCCCGACCCUUCACAAGAUCACGCCACAGAUGAGGAGAAACUGGCUUCCUCCACCAAUCAGAAAUGGACUAGACAUGACGUGGAGGUGGAGCUUACCUCUGACCCCCAAGACUUCCCGCAGCCGACAGACUUCACAGCUUUUGUCAACGAGAACAGUUUGCCUGCACAGAGUGACGUUACAGAUUAUGAGAUUGAAUACAUGGAAAAGAUUGGCUCCUCUGCACCUCCUCUCUCGGUGAAGAAACCAUCACUUUAUCUGAAACUGGACUCAGUGACAGACAGUCCAAAGAAGACCUCCAACAUGCACGAUUCAGAGCCCAACUCCCCCUGCACUGGGAGCUUUGAGGAGAUGGAGGCUCAGAUCUCACAGGGGAAAUCACCUGUGCUGCCACCACGUGGCGCUCGCGAACCCAUGGCCUCAGAGAAAAGCAGAAAGAGGGACAGUCAGUCUCAGAGUCGAACGCAGAGCACCGAGAGAGAUGGAGCGUCCCCCAUCCAGGGCCCCAUGGACCCCUCAGAUCUGCCCCUCUUAGACAGGCUGUCUGAUUCUCCUGCCCCUCUCAGCUACCUGGAGCCUGAUCUGGCAGAGACCAACCCCACUGCCUUCGCUCAAAAACUGCAGGAGGAGCUGGUGCUCGCAGCCCUGAGGAUAGAGGCUCUACAGGUAGCCAAAAGCAUCUCUCAGAGCCCUACUUUGUCCACUGUGUCCCCUCAGUCUCGCCUCAAGAAGCCCAGCCCACGCCGCUGGAAUCUCAACGGUUCCCACAUGGCUAAAAAAGCUGCAGGAAAAUCCACACAGACAGAUAGCAAACUCUGUCACAGGACGUCCCGCAUUCCACAGAGAGAAAUGGCCUCACCGGGGGACAGUGGCGUUUCGAAGAGCUCCCUCUAUUCCCGAGCAACAUACAUUGAAGGAGAAAGCCCUCAUCUGCCACGUGACAUGGACCACUCUCUGGUCAUCGCCCGAGAAGAGGUUGUUUUGAAAGAGAAAGAAGCCAUGGAGUGGAAGAGAAAAUAUGAGGAGAGUAGACAGGAGGUAGAAGAGAUGAGGAGGAUAGUUAUGGAGUAUGAGAAGACCAUUGCAGAGAUGAUCGACAAAUCUUUCGUGCCUCCGGACCCAAACACUGAGGGUGAACAGAGGGAGAAGACUUUGUCUCAUCACACUAUUCAACAGUUGAUCCUGGAGAAAGACCAGGCUUUAGCUGAUCUCAACUCUGUGGAGAAAUCUCUUGCUGACUUGUUCCGGCGCUACGAGAAGAUGAAAGAUGUUUUGGAAGGCUUCCGCAAAAAUGAGGAUGUGCUGAAGAAAUGUGCGCAGGAGUACCUGUCUCGUGUCCGUAAGGAGGAGCAGCGCUACCAGGCCUUGAAGAUCCACGCUGAGGAGAAACUGGAUAAGGCGAACGCUGAAAUCGCUCAGGUGAGAGCCAAAGCCAAGCAGGAGCAGGCAGCGUAUCAGGCCAGUCUGAGGAAAGAACAGAUGAAGGUGGACUCACUGGAGCGCACACUGGAACAAAAGAACAAAGAGAUUGAGGAACUGACCAAAAUUUGUGAUGAACUGAUUGCCAAGAUGGGGAAGAGCUAGCCGUCCGUUCGACAGAGUUCUGUCCAAACCACAAAGAGACACAAGAACAAUGACUGGACAACGGUGUAAAGACAGAGGAGCAAGAUUAAAGGGUUCGGUAUUGUUUUUCCUCUUUCUAAUGGACAGAACAAUGAACCAACAAAACAAAAGGAUCUCACACUACUGACUUCUACACAUAAACUGGAAUCCCAAUGACUGGGAGGACACACUAGAUUCUGGCUGUAAUUAUUUUCUCUUCAUUUUGAUGUAUUAAUGUACACCAACUUACCUAUGUUGAGGGUCUUGUGAAAGUACUCCCCAUUAGUAGAGACUUUUUUGAGAGUCUGUAUAGCUCACACACACACACACAGAGAGAGUAUGUGUUUAUAGUGAGUGUGAAGUUAUGAGUGUCGAUGCCAUGACAACCGCUGAUAGAGUCGACUGUUAAACUGAUUCCUGUUGUACCCUCUUCUUAACUUGAAAACAGAAAUGACCAGAGAGAAUAUAUAUGAUAUAAAACAGAUGAAUUAAUCAUUCAGUUGUCACAAAGUGGUAUUCAUGAUCAUGAAUAAAAAAUGCAUGUUGUAGGCCUUGACGGUUUUGUAAAUAUAAAAAUGACUUGAAUAUAGUAAAGGAACACAACUGCAGAUUUUGAUACUGUUGGUUUGAUCUGCUUCCUUGUGUAUCUUUGUAGAUACUUGUUGUUCAUUUGUUUUGUUGUCUUCUAGCAACACUGAUGUUUGAUUUUAUUUUUGGAUUUUAUUUUGAUAUAUAAAUGAACCCACUUGUUACUGUCAGUGGUUCUGAGCUAAUUUAAUCUGAACGGUUUUGUCUCAGUCCUGCUAUAGCUGAUGUUUCACACAGCAGAAGCUCUGUAAUUUAUACAGGACAUGCUUACAAAGUGCAAUAAAAGAUGGCAAUACA